AAAAAUACCGAUUUGUUUACGAUUCGCAGUGCACAUAACAAUCCAGCAAUCGCAUUUUUCCAGUUUGAAGUUUAAAUUGUUAUUAAUUUUAGUGCUUCGUCGGAUUAUGAAUAUAAUUCCCAGCCUACGAGCUUUCCCCUCGAGAACUCUGAUAACAUUGGUCGGUAGCAACGCGCUUCGCACAAUGGCAACGACCGCAUCUGCACACGAGAAACCUAUCGAGACAGCCAUACACGAAGGGCUUACGGCAAAAUUGACCCCGGUGCACCUGGAGGUAGUGAACGAGUCCUACAUGCACAACGUACCCAAGGGAUCGGAAACGCACUUCAAGGUCCUGGUGGUAUCCGGCCAAUUCGAUGGGCUGCCACUGAUCAAGCGCCAUCGUUUGGUGAACGAAAUCGUCAAGGAAAAACUGGCCGGAAACUUUGUGCAUGCCCUCUCAAUCGAAGCCAAAACACCCGCCCAGUGGAACGAAUCGUACAAGUUGGAACCCAGCCCUAACUGUCGUGGAGGUUUCGGGAAAUGAACGUUCGGAAUGAAAUAAAUUUAUCUGGAUAUGUAGUUUGUUAAAUACUUACGGGCUAGUGAAACGA